UUAUCGUUCGUUCCUUGUUCGUAGUUAAUUAUUUCUUGGUUAGGAAUUAAGGAUAAGGAUUGAGAUUCAGAUUGUCUAUCGCCUUUUAAUAAGUUACAAUAGAUAUUUUAAAGCCAGCAUCAUGAAAUUAGUCAAAUUUUUAAUGAAACUGAGCCAUGAAACUGUCACGAUAGAGUUGAAGAACGGAACACAAGUCUUUGGCACCAUUACAGGAGUGGAUGUAGCCAUGAACACUCAUCUGAAGACUGUAAAGUUAACAGUGAAAAACAGACCAACAGUGCAGUGUGAUUCAUUGAGUAUUCGUGGAAACAAUAUCCGCUACUACAUUCUACCCGAUGCUCUACCACUGGAGACACUUCUAGUCGAUGACACUCCCAAGGCCAGGGCAAAGAAGAAGGACCAAUCUAGAGGUGCAAUGAGAGGUAGAGGUCGUGGUCGUGGAGGUAGGGGCGGCAGAGGAGGACGAGGUAGAGGAAGAGGCAGACGUUAACACCACCAAUGCUCCGGUAUCAUUUCACCCGCCUUUCCAUGUAACAUUAAGAUUUUUGUUGUUUAUAGGUUAAGUCGUUUCUUGUGUGUCAAGACAUAAAAAAAACCUACUUUUUAUAACUUUGUUCUCGUACAAAUUGAGGCAAUCCGAUAUGAAUUCUGUAAAACUGUUUUGGUCAGAUUAAUAUACGUUUAGGCCUAAUCUAAGUAUUUUCAACUAUGUUCUGGAAUCAGACUUGUAAAUAUUUUAAAAUAAAGUUUGAUUUUGUACUUAGGUA